AUGCUUGUGUCUCAGAAACAGAUCAACUUUCUUCGCGGAUGGCCCACCCCAGGGCUGCUCCCCACAAAGCUUCUAUCCUCUGCGUGCCAGCGCGUCCUUGCCAAUCCAAACGAGUAUACGGAGAUGCAGGAGUAUGGCUCUUGCCAGGGUCUGACACGUCUCAGAAAGGGUCUCGCCAAUUGGGUUGGACGUCACUAUGGGGUCAGCUCUGACCUAGAGCGUAUAUGUAUUACUGGUGGUGCCAGUCAGAAUUUGGUAUGCAUUCUGCAAUGCUUCAGUGAUGUCAAUUACACGAGGGCCGUUUGGAUCGUUGCACCGUGUUAUCAUCUUGCUUGUGGCAUCUUUGAGGACUCUGGGUUCGCAGGCAGAUUGUACGCUGUGCCUGAGGAUGACGAGGGGAUCGAUCUACAAACCUUUGACCGCAGACUACAAGAAUUCGAAAAACAAGACAAACAAAAGAGGAGCCAAAAGCCCUUUAAGCUCCCAUCCGCAGAUAGAAAGCUGUACAGACAUCUGAUCUAUACCGUGCCAACAUGCUCGAAUCCUUCGGGCGUAACCAUGUCUCUUGGGAGGAGAGAGGGUCUGGUCCAGCUGGCUCGAAAGUACGACGCCCUUGUUAUUAGCGACGAUGUUUACGAUUUCCUUCAGUGGCCGUUGACCGAGCCAGUAACGCCUGACCGAUCGGCGGCAAUGAGGCUUCCCCGUCUUUGUGACAUUGAUCGUUCCAUGGGGCCUUCUGACAACGACCCCCACGGCUUCGGCCAUGCAGUCAGCAAUGCCUCUUUUAGUAAGAUUUCCGGGCCGAGUGUACGGACAGGCUGGGCAGAAGCAUCGCCCAUGUUCAUCUCGCGCAUUGCUCGCACCGCAGCCACAAGGUCCGGCGGCGCACCUAGUCAGCUCUGCGCGGCAAUGCUAGCGGAAGUCGUCGAGAACGGUCAACUGCAAAGGUUUCUGGACGAGACGGUACGACCGACUCUGCAGCGACGCCAUGGGCUCAUGAUGGACGCCGUCCAAAGACAUCUUUCGCCUCUGGGAGUCAAAACCCGCGUUAGCAGCCUUAAUGGCCAGGAAAUAUAUGGUGGCUACUUUGUUUGGUUGGAUAUGGGCAGCGAAUUUUCUACAAGAUUCAUCGCUGAUGUGUUAAAGGCUGAAGAAAACAUCGUCAUUGGUCAUGGACAGAUGUUUGCUGUGUAUGGAGACGAGAAAAGCGCCAGUUUUGAUAGCAGUGCUCGCCUUUGUUUUGCUUGGGAAGCAGAGCAAGAUAUUGUAGACGGCAUCCGGAGGAUGGGCCAGUUGCUUUCGCGGAUGCAUAGCAACAGGGAGCAUUAUCUUCACCUGGCAUCGAUGUCCGGCAACAUGGGUUAA